AUGGCAGGGACGUUUUCCUUUCAAUUCACCUUGCUCCAACUUCGACGUGUUGUAUCAACACAGGUGAUAAGCAUCUACAAGGAUUACAGUGGCCCUAGAGCGAACUUUGUCAUGACAGAAGACCAGGAUCUCUUAGCUAAAAUUGGACUGCUUGCUGGGCAAAUCAAUCAGCAUAAAAAUCAGGCUACACCCCCAACCCAGCCAUCACGCGGCGGACGUUAUACAUCUUACCACUCAACCCACCCGCGACGUCACGCGGGAUGGGCUCCCUAUCGUGGACGAGCUAGCCAUCCAAGUUCGAGACGCCAUGCAGCUCCUCAUCGAAAUCGAACGCUAGUUCUCAGCAACCUGUCUACGCCGGCAGAAAGUGCGAGCGGCACCCCAUCCUGUAAUGCAUCAACUGAUGAAAUGAAUGAAGCAAAACCUGUAUGCCAAAAUGGAUGGGUUGCCAAAAGGGACCGCCACAUGCAACUCAUAAACUCUGCAAUAUAUGAUAAAGAAGCUCAAGCCAGAACCAAGGCUAUCGAGGAGAGCCGCAAGCUCAAAGCCCAGAGGAUAGCACAGCGAGAGGAGGCCAAGGUCUUGAGAUAUGUACAGGGUGUUGGCGGAUACCGACCGGUCGCAACUCCGGUUGUUGGGCAACGAGCGGCUUCCUACCGAAUCACCAUUCAAGAUGUUCCGUUCCAAGUGGUGCGAGGUGGCAGCAAACUAAUUCGGUUACCUAAUGAACCGUCGGCGGCGAACGUUACUCCCAAGAAGGUGAACAUUGGUGGUGUAAACUUCGUAAGAAGCAAAAAAGGAAACCUGCAUCGUUUAGGAUCAGUGGUUUCAAGAAAGAAAACUGGGACUGUUAAGAAAAAGAAUGAACGCUGCAAAAGAUUUACUUCGACGGGUUCCUGCUUCAAAGGGCCAAAUUGCCCCUAUAUCCACGAUCCUAAUAAAGUUGCCAUCUGCAAAGAGUUCCUUCAGACAGGCAAAUGUGCAGCUGGCUCGGCGUGUGACCUUUCUCACGAACCAAGCGCCGAAAGGUCCCCUUCGUGUUUGCAUUUCCUUCGUGGGCGCUGCUCCAAUCCAUCAUGCCGAUAUGCACACGUUCGAGUUAACCCUGGUGCGCCUGUUUGUCACGAUUUUGCGAUUCUGGGCUACUGCAGCAAAGGGGAAAUCUGUGACCAGCGUCAUGUUCACGAAUGUCCCGACUAUGCUAACACGGGGAAUUGCGGCAAUCGGAAGUGCCAGCUCCCUCACGUGGACCGCGCAGGUCAAAUCCGCAAGAUUGCAGCUAAUAAGGCAGAAACUACUGAUGAUAGAGACAGCGCCGACGACGAUGAUAUUUUAAGCGAUGAAGAGGCUUUCGAUGAAAUUGAUUCAGAUGAUGUUGACUCCGACGAUUCUGACGAUGACCCCAUCAUAAUCACAGAGGGUGUCGACACAGGCGAAAUUUCACAGCAACAAGAUUUUGUCCGUUUUUCGUCCUGAUCCGGUGUCUGGGCCUUCUGUUAAAUGGUCCAACAGCCGGAAAAGCUUGGGAGAAGACGCUCCUAGGAAUCCCGCAAGGAUUGAUAAUCGGGAAUGGAAUUACCGUAAGGAUCAACCCUUUCAGAAGUCCUUGGCUUCUCCAUAACUUUCCCUCCCCAUUUUUUUUCUUUCCCUUCUCAAAAACGCAACGGCGAUGAGCGUCCUCUAACGGAGGGCAGAAUAAAUGAUACCAUAUGGCGUAUCCUGUGACUUUUCUAAAUGCAUCUCUCGAAUUAUCCCUGUCUACCGAAAAUCAUCUCUGAGAUGAAUGGUAGACCCUUUUUGCCAUUGGUCUUUCAUAUUCAUUAAUUUUUACUACCCGUUUCUUUUCUGAUUCUUCUUUUUUGUUUUGCAUUUGGUUUGGUCAUAGGAAUAGGAGAUACCCUUGUAUUGCAUUGCCCUGAUAGCUUAAGGCAACAUUGAUACAUGCCUGUCGGUACAGGAUAGUCACUUCCAAAAAUGUGGUCGCUAGGCCAUUGGGGAAAAUUAAGAGCAGAAAGAAAUGGGAAGGAAAACAAAUUUCAGUUUAAGGUUAUUGUUUGUUGAAAAUAGAAAGAAUCGAAGAGAGCAACAACCCAUUGAGUAAAAAUUAAUAUAAAUAUUCUGCAUUCUU